AUGGUUACUGCGGCCCUAAGUGCUCUCGGAUACGCCGGUUUCGGUUUCCUGGCUCGGUGCUAUGCCCUUGGCAUUCAAAAGCGCAACAUGUUCGAAAACUUUGCUGGCCAUGUCGCUUUUGCUGGCGGCUUCGGCGCUAUUGGAUACUGGCUUCACGGCGUGAAGCAAUCCCAGGCUGCUCUUCUUGAGAAGAAGCAAGAGGAGCUUCGUCAGCGCCGCCAGGCAUGA